AUGAGUCUUCCACAAGAUGUCUUCAGUCAAUCAUCUCUAGUUCCCAUUGCCAAAAUUGCUAGUGCUUCAACUAGGCUCCAACGCAUUAUUUGGGUCAUUAUAUCCACCGCUAUGUUCAUUGGACUUUGCAGUUGUAUCACCUUGGUUAUAAUCCAAUACUGCAUGCAUCAAACGGUUUUCCAACUGGACUAUUCUGGUAGACUAACGGUGUAUGAUCAGAUUCCUGGAAUCACAAUAUGUCCCGAAGCAGAAGAAAUUAAAAGAAUCUUGAACCAUGCGGCCAGAGAGCUGGGUUGGACGCGAAUGAACGGAAAGAGCCAACAAGAAAAGACCCCAUGGCUUCUUCCUCACAUUAACAAGGAAUUAUUGAAAAUGAUUCAGUCAACGGAAGGCUUAGAUCCACCUGGAGCUAUUGCUCAUUUCCUCCCAGUGGGGAAUCUCUACUGGGACACGCAUAAGGUCGCAAAAUCACCCAUCUAUCGGGCUCUUCAUAACUACACUGUAACAUUUCGGAUCAAGCCUGCCAAUAUUGCCAAUAACUAUCGGCUUUUUGUGCUUGAACAACGGGUUUACGAAUAUGCAGAUAUGAAACAUAUCUUUCCCACAGAAAAGAAAAGAUCGUUCUUUCGAACCGAAGAAGCAGAAUUGGGAAACUUUUCUGCACUUUAA